AUGAAAGAAAUUAUUUCACUUCAUAUGGGACAAGGUGGAGUUCAAGUCGGUAACACAUGCUGGGAGCUCUUUUGUCUUGAACAUGACAUUCAACCUGAUGGCAAGAUGACAUCCGCCAAAACUAUUGGAGAAGGUGAUAAUACUUUCAAUACUUUCUUUUCAGAAACCGAUGCUAGGAAACAUGUUCCGAGGUCUGUGUUUUUAGACCUUGAGCCAACUGUAAUUGAUGAAAUUAGAGCUGGAACAUACAGACAGCUAUUUCACCCUGAACAGUUAAUUUCAGGCAAAGAAGAUGCUGCGAAUAAUUUUGCAAGAGGACACUAUACUAUUGGCAAGGAUAUAGUCGAUCUCUGCUUAGACUGAAUCAGAAAGCUGGCAGAUAAUUGCACUGGACUUCAAGGAUUCCUUGGCUUCCAUUCAGUUGGAGGAGGAACUGGAUCAGGACUUGGCUCAUUGCUACUAGAGAGACUUUCAGUAGAUUAUGGAAAGAAGUCUAAACUCUGUUUCACUGUCUAUCCAUCACCCCAAAUUUCUACUUCAGUUGUUGAGCCAUAUAACUCGGUCCUAUCAACCCAUUCGCUGCUUGAGCAUACUGAUGUUUGUGUAAUGCUUGACAAUAAAGCUACUUAUGACAUUUGCAGGAAGAAUCUUAAUAUCGAAAGGCCAACCUACACAAACCUGAACAGAAUCAUUGCUCAAGUGAUUUCAUCUCUGACAGCAUCUCUCAGAUUUAAUGGAGCUCUUAAUGUGGAUAUCAAUGAUUUUCAGACUAAUCUGGUUCCUUAUCCUAGGAUUCAUUUCAUGCUGUCAUCAUUUGCUCCAAUCAUAUCAGCUGAAGAAGAGUAUCACGAACAGUUAUCAGUCCCUGAGAUCACGAGCUUUUGCUUUGAACCAGAUUUGAUGAUGGUAAAAUGUAGCCCAAAGCACGGGAAAUAUAUGGCUUGUUGAGUAAUGUACAGAGGAAACAUUGUUCCUAAAAAUGUUAGCUUAUCUAUUGCAGAUAUAAAAACUAAGUGAACUAUUCAGUUUGUUGAUUGGUGCCCAAAAGGAUUCAAAUGUAGUAUCAACUUCCAGCAACCCACAGUUAUUCCAGGAGGAGGCCUUGCCAAAAUGAUGAGAUCUUGCAGCAUGAUCUCUAACUCGACGGCAAUUUCUGAAAAUUUUUCAAGAAUUGAUCAUAAAUUUGAUCUCAUAUACACUAAGAAAGCCUUCAUUCACAGGUACAUCGAGGAAGGAAUGGAAGAAGGAGAGUUUACAGAGGCCAGAGAAGACCUUGCUGCACUUGAGAAAGAUUAUGAGGAAGUUAGAAUAGAAGCCGUUGAAGAGAAGGCAGAAGAUGAAGAAAUGUAA